AUGAAAAAAAACACGUCCCCCACCCCGCGCCCUUUCCCUUCCCACCGGCCCUCCUCGCCGGCGCGCCCUCUUCCUCCCCGCCGGCCCUCCGCGAGUGGGACACGCCCCCACGCCGCUCGGCACUGCACGCGGGAAGGCCCCGCCGGAGAUCUCGUCCAUGGCGGCGACGAAGGCGUCGAGGUUGGCCAGGAGGGGCUCGGCGAGCGUCAUGUGCGCGGGAGGCGGCGGCCGCGCGUUGGGACGGUGUUCGACGACGAGAACCUGCUCGUCCGCAUCGACAUGUCCGAGUACAUGGAGCAGCACUCCUUCGCUCGCCUCAUCGGAGCACCACCUGGGUAUGUUGGACACGAGGAGGGCGGGCAGAUGACGGAGCAGGUGAGGAGGAGGCCAUACAGCGUGAUCCUGUUCGACAAGGUGGACAAGGUGGUCGUGUUCAACACGCUCCUCCAGGUGCUCGACGACGGCCGGCUGACCGACGGGCAAGGCAGGACUGUGGACUUCAGGAACACCGUGAUCAUCAUGACCUCCAACCUCGGCGCCGAGCACCUCCUCGCCGGGAUGAUGGGCAAGAACUCCAUGAAGGUCGCCCGCGACCUCGUCAUGCAGGAGGUAUGUAUGGAUCAGUGA